AUGUGUGGGCCAGACAAGCCCGCUGAAUCUUCUUGGCCGUCCCAGGCACGACCUUACCGAACCGCUCGGUACCAGAUCCGCAUCUGCUUCUUGGCCGCCCUAGGCACGACCUUACCGAACCGCUCGGCACCCCAGACGAGACCCAGUCUCCCAGCCCAGCUCCUUGCCGCUGUAUGCUUUUCCAACCGCGCACAGAUGAAUACAGGCCCGUCAGUCCGCUCUAUGCUCCCCGUGUGCACGAGUCUUUCCUUCACGCCCAGUGGAGCCAGGUCGCGUUGGUAUCACGCACACAGUGCAUUGACUGACGGUCCUCACGGUACUCACUGCUAG